UGGCCCGGCCGAGCCGCGCUCCGCGCCCGCCUCCCCUCAGCGGCGCCGGGCGGGCGGCGAUGGACGGGCGGCCCCCGGCGGGCCCCGCCGCGCCGCGCUGGAGGCGCCGAGCGACCCCCCGCCCGCAGCCCCUCGCCUGGAGCAAGCCGCGGCCGCAGUCGUACCAGAGCCCCAGCGGAGUGCUCGUCACCGACUUCCCCGUGGAGGACAGGUGCGCCUUCUCCGUGCCUCAGCCCGCCGGCACCGGCAGCCGCGCCAUGGGCUCGGUGUCCAACGGCACCGUGCGGCCGCCGGGCUCCCCCGCGCUGGCUCCGGAGCGGCGCUCCCGGCCGCUCACCCCGGCCCCGGGCAGCCCCGUCCGUUCCACCGCCAACGGCAGCAUCUCCCCGCCGGGCAGCGGGCAGGGCCCCCGGCCGCGCCCGCCCAGCACCGCGGGGCUGGCCCCGCAGCACGAACGGAUCCUGCUCGGAGCCAGCGCUCAGCCCGCACCGAGCCCCGGCAGCGGCGGGGCCCCGGAGGAGCCGGGGGGAUGCCCUGCGGAGCGCAGGGUGAGCUCGCAGCAGCAGCAGCAGCAGCAGCAGCAGCAGCAGCUGAUCCCCCGCAGCCUGGCCGAGAGCCGGCCCGCCGGCCACGAGCGGGGUCUCAGGGUGCGCAGCCUGGUGGAGCCCCCCCGGCUGGCCCUGGGCAGCGACCCCGAGGACGAGCCCGAGGGCGGCCCGGGCGCGCUGCGGCGCGGGCUCCGCUCCACGUCCUACCGCCGGGCCGUGGUGAGCGGCGUGGAGCUGGACGGCUCCAACAACUGCAAGAAGAAAAACAGAAUGUCCCAGCCCAUCCUGAAAGCGGUGGUUGAAGAUAAAGAGAAGUUCUCGAGCCUGGGGAGGAUAAAGAAGAUGCUGAAAGGACAAGGGACGUUCGAUGGGGAAGAAAAUGCUGUAUUGUAUCAGAACUAUAAGGAAAAAGCUCUGGACAUAGAUUCUGAUGAAGAGUCUGAGCCCCAGGAGCAGAAGCUGGAUGACAAGGUUGUUUUUCAUUAUAAGCCCCUGAGGUCGACGUGGAGCCAGCUCUCCGUGGUGAAGAAGAAUGGACUGUCAGAAGCAAUCAGCCAGGAAGAAAGGAAAAGACAGGAGGCAAUAUUUGAGGUGAUAUCUUCUGAGCACUCCUAUUUGCUGAGCCUGGGGAUUCUGAUCCGGAUGUUUAAAAAUUCCAGGGAACUGAGCCUCACAAUGACCAAAACAGAGAGCCACCACCUCUUCUCCAACAUCACGGAUGUUUAUGAAGCAAGCAAAAAGUUCUUUGAAGAGCUGGAGGCAAGGCACCAGAGCAGCAUUUUCAUCGAUGACAUCAGUGACAUCGUGGCGAGGCACGCGGGCUCCACCUUUGACCCCUACGUGAAGUACUGCACCAACGAGGUUUAUCAGCAGCGCACCCUGCAGAGACUGCUAGCCACAAAUCCAGCGUUUAAGGAGGUGCUGUCCCGGAUCGAGUCCCACGAGGAUUGUCGGAAUUUGCCCAUGAUCUCCUUCCUCAUCCUCCCCAUGCAGAGAGUCACUCGUCUCCCCUUACUGAUGGAUACUAUUUGCCAGAAAACCCCCAAGGAUUCAGCAAAAUACAAGAACUGCAAGCAGGCUCUGAAAGAAGUCAGCAAGCUCGUGCGUCUGUGCAACGAGGGCGCCCGCAAGAUGGAGAGGACAGAGAUGAUGUACACCAUCAACUCCCAGCUGGAAUUCAAAAUCAAGCCAUUUCCAUUGGUUUCCUCUUCACGGUGGUUGGUGAAAAGGGGAGAAUUAAUGGCCUAUGUAGAAGACACUGGACUCUUUUCCAAAAGAACCUCUAAGCAGCAGGUGUACUUCUUCCUCUUCAAUGACGUCCUCAUCAUCACCAAGAAGAAGAGUGAGGAGAGUUACAAUGUCACCGAGUACUCGCUGCGGGAGCAGCUGCUGGUGGUGCCCUGUGACGGGGAGGAUCCCUGCUCCUCUCCUGGCAAGAACACGGCAGGGAUGCUCCACUCCGGACGGAAUUCUGCGUGCCACCUCUUCAGGCUCGUGCUCCUCAGCAACCAUGCCGGGGACAGGGUGGAGAUGCUCCUGGGAGCAGAGACUCAGAGUGACAGAGCCCGCUGGAUCACGGCGCUGGGCCAGGACAGUGAUGGGCACCACACCGACAGGACCACACUGGCUCAGGUGGAGAUCAUCAGAACCUACACAGCCAAGCAGGCCGAUGAGCUCUCUCUGCAAGUCGCUGAUGUUGUUUUGCUUUAUCAAAAAGUGAAUGAUGGCUGGUACGAAGGGGAGCGGCUGCGGGACGGUCAGAGGGGCUGGUUCCCCUCCGAGUGUGCCAAGGAAAUCACCUGCAGGGCCACCCUGGACAAGAACAUGGAGCGCAUGGGACGCCUGCUAGGGCUGGAAACCAACGUGUAGCCUCAUCCUCACCCCCCACCCUGGGGGCUGCUCUGGCUGGGACAGGGGACAGCGGAGCCACAACCCAGCAGCAGCACAAUGGAGCCUCGUGCUGGCUCCGGCAGCUCCAAACUGAGCCCUGGCCCCACCAGCAGCACCUUGCAGCAGUGUCCUGAGCACUCUUCUGCAGCUCCUGCCUCCUUACACUCCUGCUCCAUCUGCUUUGGAGCAUCUGAACUUGUUUUCAGCCCCAGAACUCUGCAGGGGCCUGGGUCCCCUGGCCCCACACGUGGAGCUGGCAGUGUGCAGCAGUGCUGGGGUGUCCUGCUCCUGAGGAGCUGCAGUGCUUCAGCCCCAGCUGCUGUUCCAGGACACUUGCCCUCGUGUCAGCACGUGUGACACCUGCACUCGAGGGACGAGCUCUGUACUCUGUAAAGGCUGACCUACCUGUGCAGUGCAAAUCCAGGGCUGGCCCCAGGCUGGCACAGGCAGAGCUGGCACAGUCUCGAUGAGGAAUCUGCAGCUGUGCCUCCAUGAGGCCGCUCAGACUGGCUCCACGGCCUGCUGUGGGCAGAGGAUUUCUGAAAGCCAGAGAAAGGUACCAGACUCCACAGAGUCAGUGCUGCUGCUCCAUCUUAGCACAGGUAUUUUACUGCAGAGGAACUGCUGCAAGUGGGCAGUGGUUUCUGCUUUCCUCAGGGCUGAGGAGGUCUUGCACUUCACUCAGUGCUUCAGAGCAGCGGUGUGAUGAGAACAUGAAAUGCACUGACUGCUCGGGGAACAAAUGCCCUCAAGGGUGAGCAGCAUUCCGGGCCCGUGGCUGGACAGGUGAGAGUCUGUAUGAUAAAACCCUCCCUUUUAAGGACCAGCUGCUGCCUCAGCAGUGUGGAAACUGCUCACUAGAAAUGAGGAGACAACUUGUAGUACCAAGGCUUUCUUCUUGUUGCCUUCCCCAGCCUCUGCAAAGGGGAGGAAUAUGCUGGUUUUUAUCCUGCAAGAUGCUGAUUUGAGUGGUGAGUGAAUUGGGUGUUCAUAAAGAUGUGUAGCUCUAAUAAUUUAAACUACAUUAGGAAGACAGUAAUUUUGUACAAAAAUACUUAUCUAGACAGUGUGACAGUGGUUAUACAUACAGCCUCGCAAAUUAAUUUAUAAGUGGACUGAUAAAAUAGUAAUGAGAGAAACUGUAAAUUGAACAAAGCCUUAUUUAACAUAGUUAAAAUACUGCUAGCAUUUUAACAAAUUUUAUUGUAUACUUGCAGAUGUUUAACACAACUGAAUGUAUAAAUCCAGGCAUUAAUUUUAUUCAGAUUUUUUUAAUACACUGUAUAUAUUUUUCAUACCUAGUUUUUCCAAAAAUGCUGUAAUGUUUUGUAAAGACAUUUUUCAUUUUUCCUAUUGUUGGACACAGUUCUUCAGGAAUUAAAAGACUUCUAUGAUUUUAUAGGACAACAAUCAAUAAAAUGCUUUUAAAUCCUUACUAAAAAAAAGUUUUGCGUUUUUGUAAAAUGCCAUAAAGCUGCCAGUUGCUGUUGUAAUUUUUGUCAGACAAAUCUCUUCAGUAAACACUGGUAAUUUAAUUUUUCCUGUUCUGUAAGAUGAACAGCACCCUCCUGUGUCCUGCUUCAUCUGUCAGAGAUCCCAUUUAUUUGUUGGUCUUGGAGCAAUGGGCCUGGGACAGCAUCUCCUUGCUGAGACACCUUUUAAGAGGGAGAUGGGAAAAGUCUUCAUUUCCCAGAGGGUUUGGCACAGUUCAUCUGGAAGGGACCUACAACCAUGUGCAGUCCAACCCCCUCAGGGCUGAUCCAGUGUUAAAUCCCGUUCCUGAGUGCUCUUAAACACCCUCAGAGCCACAUCCCCACCUCUGCAGGGCGCCAGUUCCAGGGGCUGUGCCUUCCCCAGGGCAGCUCUGCCUCCUUGUGCCCAGCCCAAACCCCAGCUUUAACUGUUAUUCCCCAGCCUCCUGUCCCUGGAGCCCAGCAGAGGAGCUCAGCCACUCCACACUAUUUUCAUUAGCAAAAAAAAAAAAAAAAAAGAAAAAGUUUUUAACACUGACUUCUCUAUUAGCACUGCUAUUGCAAAGGAAAUCAGCUGAAAACCCAAGUCCUGUGCACUCUGAACACACAGACACACUUUUUAACUGGGGGUGUGCUUUACACCAGUACCUCCUUUUUAAUUAGAAGCCCAGCAAUGACAGAAGUCAGCUGGGAGUUUAUUACUGUAAAAUCAGCUCUCAUUUUUGCAAGACAUGGAAUGUGUGUCCCCUUCCUUCUGUAAAUUCGCUAAUCAGGAAGCAAAUUGCCAAAAGGCUCUCAGUUGCCCAAAUGCCAUCUCCAAGUGAGUCGAGGUGCCUGCAUGUCUGGUGGCUCCACAUGGGCACCUGUUCAGAAAUCCAGUCCCCACCUGACUUUACCUGGCAGUCAUGGCACACCUAAGAACACGUUUGGGUACUGUCCUUUCUGCUGCUGUAUACCAGCCCUGCAACAUAACAAAUACAUCUGUAUCUGCUGAUGUUUAAUAAAUAUUGUGAUACAGUGUUGUUAUUGACUUCCAGGGCAAAGAGCACAUUUGUUUCCACUAUGCAAAGCUAAUUUACUGAACAUAAUAAGGUAAAAAAAAGGACAACUUUGGUCACCCUACACAUGCUGAGAAAGCACAGUCUGCUCAGCAUCAUACUCACAUUUCAAAUCCUGGAUCAACAAAAUAUACUCACAGAAGUUUCUGGGCUUCCCAGGUAUAUUUUGUUUCUAAAGUAACACACAUAGGUAAAACAAGUGUAUAGAACACAAGUGUUGGAAAUAAACAGUAAAUCUUUGCCUCAGCCAAGGUUAAGGAACUCUAAGGCAUUACCUGCUUUGAUCUGCAAAUUAUUUUCAACAGCUGUAUCAAAACUUCAUCAUUUAGGCAAACUGGAGAUAACAUGAGGGCAGCAGAAUUUACUACAUCACUGAAUUGUUACAUUCCAUAACCCAGAGUUCUAGAAGGUGCUAGUAACUAAGAGAGAAGCAGACUUCAUUAAGUACAACAUGACCUUGACCACUCUUUGUCUUGGGCUGGCUGUUUAGAAGCCAAGCUACAAACCUUACAUCAGCCUUACCUCUUCAACAUCUUAAUAACCUGAUGUGGUGGUUAAAGCCUGGUUUGCAGCUCAUCCCCACAGCAGGAUGGGGAGUAAGGGGCAAAGUGAGAGAAAUCAUGAGUUGGGAUAAAGAGAGUUUAAAACAAUAGCUGCAUGUGCAAGCAAAGCAAACCAAGGAAUUAAUUCCCCGCUUCCUGAAGGCAGGUGGAUGUUCAGCCAGCCCCAGCUCUGUGCACAGAAUGCAGACUUGAGAGGACAAAUGGCAGCACUCCGAACAUCCCCCCUUCCCUGCUUUAUCCUGAGCAUGAUGGCCUGGGACAUCCCAGGGGGCAGGCAGGGUCAGCUGUCCUGGCUGUGGCCCCUGCACAGCCCUGGGCCACCACAGACCCUGGGCUUGCUCAGCCAUACCUGGAAUAACACUAAAAUCCAAACACAGCAUCACACACACUAGCAAGGAAAAAUUAACCCGAAGCCAGCACCCCUACCAUUUAUGCUCAUUUGCAAACUCUGAAGAACACAGAAGUUUCUGGUACCUUCGUGCAUAGAAGAGUAUGCUAGGCUGUGUGCUUUAAGCACUGUAAAAAAGUACAGCAGUAUCGCUAUUUACAGUUCAAUAACUUCUAACCUCUACCUGUGACCCCCUCUCUGAGCGUUUCUUCUGGGGUCGGCCCUCACACCACUGCUGACCCUGAGCCUCCACAAUGUUUGAGGGAAUUAAUCUUCAAUUGAAACUACAAUUCUUAUCUAGGCUCUACCAUUGCCAUUUCCUUUUGCGUUAUUAAGAAAUUAGCCAUCAUGUCUUCUAAGUACUGCAAAAAUCAUUAACAAGGAGAAUAAUGCAGAUACCAUGUGCCAGCUUGUAUUUUGUUACAUUUAAUUCAGCUACACCAAUAGCAGCACCACGGCCUCUUUUUCCUCAAUAAAGCACUGAUUUUUCCUCAAUAAAGCACCGAUUUGUGAGGCAGAGCAGCCCGCCCAGCCCGGGCUCAGCGCCGCCCCUCAGGACAGGGCGCCAUUUUGUUCCCUCCUGCCCCAGCGACGCCCAUUGUUUCCAGCACACAAAUUCCGCACUACAAAUUAUUUCGUUCUCAUUUCCACACAGUUAUCACCAAUGUAGUCCCCUUUUCUCUCCCCUUUGAAUCCGGGGCUUACCUCCAGCAAGCCUCCUCGGAGCGGAGGGUCCCGGAGCCGUCCCCGCCCGGUCCUGCCGCAGCCUCCGGGCCCCCACAGCCCCGCUGAGCCGAGCCCCGGCGGGUCCCGGAGCUGUCCCCGCCCGGUCCUGCCGCAGGCUCGCUGCCCUCACAGCCCCGCUGGCCCCCGGAGAACGCUCCGGGCCUGGCUCCUCCCUCCCCGGGGCCGCCGGGGUCUCUUUUCCCUCUCCUCAGACUCCCUCCGGCAUCCCCAACCCCCGGAGCGGGGCGAUUCUCCUCCUCCGCCUCCUCAUUUAAAACACCUGAGGGUGGAACAGUCGCUGGAGGUGGGCAGGGGGGUUAAACGAUGUGUUAGUGUAGUGCAGCUGGCAGUGAGGAGCUUGACACCCUCCAUCCCUUGUUAACCCAAUGGAAAGC